AUGAACAGACCCGCGGCCGCCUCGGGGCCCCAUGGAGGAGGAGGAGGAGCCGCCGCCGCCGCCGCCGCCGUCCUGGCCCCCGCGCCUGCCGCCGCCCCAGCCGCCCUGCCCUGGCGCGGCUACUGCGCCGCCAGCCGCUUCUUCCGCUCGUGCUUCGGCAUCGUGUCCACGCUCAGCUUCCCCGCGCUCACCUCGCUGGACCGCGACUGCGCCAGAGUGCGGCCGCCGCGAGAGAAGACCCGCCGCCGCCGAGCGCUGCAGCUGUUGGCCGGCGCCUGGCUGGCGGCCCUGGACUUCUCCUUGCCCUGGGAGCUGCUCCGCGCGCCCCCGGAGCCAACCGGGGUGCAGAACUUCCAUGGCUUCCUUUACCGAACCUCCCCGAAGCCCGCGCAGCUGGGCACGGCCUACAGUGUGGGGCUGCUGGUGGCCUGCUACCUGCUGCCCUCCCUGCUCAUGUGCUUCUGCCAUUACCACAUCUGCAAGACCGUGAGCCGGUCCGACGUGCUACGCUUCUUCAGCGGGGUGAGCACACCCACCACCGUGCUCAUCACCAUCAUCUCAAUCACCUGCUGCUGGGGCCUCUACUUGCUUCCGGUUUUGGCGGCGGCCGGGCAGGCUCAGGCCUCGCAGGGCCCCUCGCUCUUCAACGUGGUGGCUGUUUGGCUGACCUGGGCCAAUGGGGCCAUCAACCCCAUCAUCUCUGCCAUCCGCAACCCCAACAUUUCGAUGCUCCUGGAACGCAACCAGGAAGAAGGCCACCGGACUAGAAAUGCAGGGACUUUCCUCCCCAGCCAGGGCCCGGGCCUGCAGAACAGGAGCCGCGAUCGCUUUCGAAACCGCUAUGCCAACAGGCUGGGGGCCUGCAGCAGGAUGUCCUCUUCCAACCCGGCCAACUGGGCAGGAGGGGACGUGGCCAUGUGGGCUUGUAAAAAUCCAGCUGUAUUUUUCUGUCAGGAGGGGCCGCCAGAGCCUGUCACAGCAGUGGCCAAACAGCUGAGAUCCGAAGCCCGGAAUACCAGCCUGUAGGGACG